UCCUACCGCCUCAUUGCCAACGUUCUGAUGUUUUCAUGUCUACUUCGACACAUCCCCAUCUGCCUUUCCUCCGACGCUGCCACAUGUCAGCAGCGUUCAUCUUGCCUCUUUCCCCGCUUCAUGCACCUUCAACGGUGGCUCUCGCCACCUACCCAUCCUGGCACGCCUCGCUUCUAACAUCAUCGUUUUCGCGAGCCCCUUCCAACAUCAUCAUUCUGCCGGCAGCCCCUCUCUUUUUCUUUUUCUCAUGUACAAUAUCAAUAUUCACACUAGUCCCAAAAGGUUCACUAAAAUUUUUUCCACUCCAUUUCUUCUUCUCAAACUCACGUGGAUGGUUGUUUCGAUGGUAUUUCAAAAAUUUUAGUGAACCUUGUUUUUACCUUGCUUGCAAGGUCUCUUUCGCAUACACAAUUCGUGGGAACUUAUUACUUUCCCACAUGUUGAUAUUGGUUUCUUUGGACCACGUGUGCUCUCUGUGCCCCCCCGAAACAAACAUAUGUAAUUCGUCAUAAAUUGUGAACAACAACAGCAUCAUCGAUCCAAUAGGAAAUUUCCCCACCUGUUGCUUCGCUCGCUUUCUCCAACCUUUUGUCUUCUGCCUCCAGAAUGCUAC